GUAAUCUGUUUAAUUGAUUUUUCCUUGGACAAAAGAUGUUAAGUGAGAGUACAGUUUCUUCAAAGAGAUUGCUCAUCGUCCUUCCUCUGUAGGAUUUCGUCUGAUUUUAGGAAAGAUCGAAACUUUUUGGACUUCCUGAAAUUGGAUCAAAGAUGGGUAACGCGCUUAGAUUUCUCUACGGAAAAUGCUGCAAACCCUCGACGGACGACGAGUCUCUCGGGCCUCACGGCGUCUCCGCCGCCACCGUUGGUGUUUCAGCUCUUGCUCACGAUCUCUUCAACUUCGAGAUCACUUCCCAGGUUCCUGAAGGACUUGGGAGGUACGUUGUGUCGUCAAGAAAAGCUCAAUCAAAAUGGUAUAGAAAAAUACUUGAGGCAUGGAAGCAAGCUAAGCCUCCACCACAGACGGCAGAGGAAGCUUCUAGGCUUGUUAUUGAGAUCUUGAAAGUGCAUCAGAAAGCAGAUGUUGAGGGACUUUUGUCUUUCUAUGGACUCCCUUUGCCUCACACUCUGGUUGAGCUCUCUACUGAAGCUCCUGUGUCUUUGCCUGAAGGAAUUCUUUUCGAAUUUCAAACGCUUCCGGUGGAUCCAAAAGCUGUGGCAGAUGGAGACACCAUCACAGUUUAUGUCAGUACUUCCGAACCGGUUAUGUCAUCUUCUGUUCCAAGGGAAGUAAUUGUUGCAGCUGCUCAAAGAGCAAAAGCACGAGAGAAGAAGGAUUACACAAAAGCAGAUGAACUUCACCAAAAGAUCAUUGAGUCCGGUUACAGAGUGCUUAAUAUUCAGAAUGAGGAAGUGCUUGCUCGGAAGUUCAGGAUUAGACUAAGGGGAAUAGAUGCACCAGAGAGUCAAAUGCCAUUUGGGAAAGAGGCACAAGAAGGGCUCCUUAAGAUUGUUCAAUGGAAAAGCUUGAAAGUGUUAGUUUAUGGAGAAGAUCAAUAUGGGCGAUGCGUAGCAGAUAUUUACUGCAAUGGGGUUUUUGUUCAGGAGGCAAUGCUAAAGAAAGGUCUUGCUUGGCAUUACGUAACUUAUGACAAGCGCAUGGUUCUUGCAAAGUGGGAAAAGGAGGCAAGACAGAAGCGUAUUGGCUUGUGGGCUUCUUCAAAUCCAGAGAAGCCAUGGGACUGGAGAAGGAACAGACGUGUGUAGACAACGUUUGGACAAAAACGCAGAUAUCAACGUUUAAACAUUUGAAAGUUGAUAUUAUUGGUGGGUUUCUCUUAUUAUGUAAUCAUUUUCCUUUGUAAAAUUUGUCUAAAUGGUGUGUAUAUUCAUUGUAAGUCUGAUGAGACAUAUCACUGACCAAGAGGUCCAAGACGUCUAAUUUUCAAAUUGAUUAAAUCCGGCGGUGUCGUGUAAUGUUAUUGAAUGACAAU